AUGUCCAAAUACAAGCAGCUGGUCCUUAUUACCGGCGCCAAUCAAGGUGUCGGCUUCGAAACAGCCAAGAAUCUAAUUCUAUCUUCCGUCAAAUACCAUGUCAUUAUUGGCAGUCGAGAUGAAGCCAAGGGGGAGAUAGCAGCUCGGUCGCUCCAGUCACUUGACGACAUCAAAGGAACAGUCUCCAGCAUCCAGAUUGAUGUUACGGAUGACAACUCCGUCGAUGCCGCUGCUCAAACUCUAGCCUCUGAAUGGGGCAGAUUGGAUAUUCUGGUCAACAACGCUGGUAUCAUCUCAAUGGCCAGCCCUCCAACGCGUGAAGCUUUCCGCAAGGUUCUUGAGACAAAUCUCGUUGGUGCACUAAGCGUCACCGAAGCGUUUCUCCCUCUUCUUCGCAAGUCGGAGCAUAAACCUCCUCGUCUCAUCUUUGUCACUUCAAGCACUGGAUCCAUCACCCAUACAUCCAACCCUGAAUCUCCGCUUCAUAGCGCUGGUGCAACGGAAUACCGGACUAGUAAAGCUGGAUUGAACAUGCUUAUGACUAUGUACAACAUUCGGCUUAAAUCAGAGGGUUUCUUGGUAUUUGGGGUGGAUCCGGGGUUGUGUGCGACAAACUUCACCAGUAAUGCCGAGUCUCUCAAGCAGCGAGGAGCAGCUGAGCCGGCGGAGGGAGGGGAGCGAAUCGCGCGUGUUAUUAAGGGUGAGAAGGAUGAAGAUGUUGGGAAGGUUAUUGGAGUUCAAGGUCCAAAUACAUAUACUUCUAACAUCAUGGGGUUAACCUGGUUCAUCACUGGCUGCUCCAGCGGGUUCGGCGAAGCUCUCGUUCGUCAACUUCGAUCUGCAGGCGAUAACGUCAUAGCUACUGGUCGCAACGCCGAUACAAAGCUCUCACACCUCAAAGAAACUGGCGCAGCUAUUCUAGACCUCGAUGUUUCAUCCUCUCCCGAGGUCAUCAAGUCCAAGAUCGAGGAGGCUUGGAGUAUCUACAAUGGAAUCGAUGUUGUCGUCAACAACGCGGGGUAUAUCCUCAGUGGGGCAGUAGAAGAGCUGACCCAAGAGGAUAUGGAAAAGUCAUUCCAGGUCAAUUUUCACGGACCUAUGAAUAUCACCCGCGCCGUCUUGCCGUACUUGAGGAAGAAGGGAUUCGGAACUUUGCUUUUCGUCGGAUCUCAAGCUGGAUGGCACGCUGAUCCCAGUGCAUCAGGAUACUGCGCUAGCAAGUUCGCUCUAGAAGGCGCUGUCGAGUGUCUAUCCAAAGAACUCGCCAUCUUCGCUCGAGGUCUGAAAGUCCGCAUCGUCGAGCCAGGAUACUGCCGCACCCCGGUUUUCAACAAGAUCCAGCAUGUUGAGGCUCGUGUUCCAGAGUAUGCUCAGUUUAAUGAAGCAGUAAGACAGGCUGAGGCGACUUUGACGGAAAGUUCGCCGGGAGAUCCCGAGAAGGCUGUUGCUAGGAUGAUUGAGCUAGUUAGGGGAACAGGUUUUGCAGAGGGCAAGAAGGUGCCUUUGAGGGUACCUUUGGGUUCGGAUAGUUGGUCGAGAGUGAAGACCAAGUGCGAGGAGACACUGGAAAUUUGCCAGGAAUGGGAGGAUAUGGCGAAGAGCGUGGAUAUAUAGGCCAUAUCAGCAUAAACCGAAAUAAC